AUGACGGCAUAUAAUCGUGAUGGUAAGACUUCUGUCACUAAAACGCCGACAAGUGACGCCGAAGAAGAUGAAAAGGUGAACAAGAAUGCUUUCACCAACGAUGGAAGUUUUAUGGAAUUGUUCAAAAAGAAAAUUGAGCAGGAACAGCGACGCAAAGCAACAAAUAAGUCCGAAGCGACGUCUUCCAGCAGUACGACAACUCCAGCUGACACGGUUGUGUUUACUGCGAACCAAACAUCAGAAGAAACAUCCAAUGCUGCUUCGACCACAGCCAAGAAAUCACGACUGAACUUUUUCGUUGGCAAGAGGAAAGGUCUGACGCUUAAGACUGGUCAAGUCAAGAAACAAAAACCUGAUGAUAAGUUGGAUACAAAAGGUAAAACAAGUGCAUGGACUGAGUAUAUGGCUGAAGUUCAAAAAUACAAAGCAACUUCUUGUGCUGAUGAAGAUAAAACCAGACCUUUAGUGAAAUAGAAUAUUAUGUGAAUACAAGAACAGUACAGGGUUGACAUAUUUGUCUCAUCUAUUGCCCCAUUUUGUGGGAUUGUUAAAGGGUGUGGUAUAUAGUAAAAUAAUGCACAAUAUUUGCAGUCAUGUUGUCACACAGCAUGUUACAAAUAUAACUACCAUAUUUGCUCUAUUACAAGCACUUGUAAACCAACACUUUGACCUCUGACUCACCUCUGUCAUUUACAUAUGCACAUGCGCUAUUAAUUGGGCAAGUAUGGUGACAGUAUGAACUUUCAUAUUGAUAGGUAGGUGGGUGAGUUUUGGAUGGGUAGGUAGGUAGGUAGGUUGGUUGGUUGGUUAUGAAAACGCAUUUCCAAGUGGAUUCCAUUUCCCGUACAGAUAGAUAUUGUGAUUCAAUGUAUUUUCAUCACUUGUUUCCAUUCGCACUAUUAGUUCUGAUUUAUAUAUAUCGCAAAUUCACUGCAGUUAGUGUAAAGUUAUGUACAUAACAGGCACCAACCCACCCGCCACUUUAUCUCCCCUACCCCAAGUGCUUGCUUACAGCGAAUUCAAAAAUGAUGAGGUAAUUCAAUCUAUUAAAUAUGCCAAAACUAUCACACUUGUGUUAUUUAAAUUUGUUACAAAAUUUAUUGAUUUGAUUACCAGUCAUCAUCUUUUCAUUUAUUUUUGCACUAGAACAACUGUCUGAAAAAAAAUGAUAUCAUAGAAAAAUAAUAGCCAUCAAUUGUUGCUAAUAAUUUGUGAGUACCCCGGUACCUUAUUUUCACUAUAAGUAACUAAACACAUUAUGAUAUGUGAUGAAACAUUUUUACCAUUGGAAUUAAUGUUAAAUGGCUCAUUGACUCAUUUUGUGUGAGAAAGUAGUUCAGUAACUGCACUGUUUAAUGGUAGCUUGUUGCCUUGCCAUUUGGAUUUCAUCUUAUAAUUAAUUGUAUUUGGAAAAGCAUUAUAA